CUGAGACUAACGAUUGGCCAGAAAUAAACGCGGGACUCUCGAAUUUCUUCAUUGCCCGCCCCUUUUGAGAAUGUUUUUGUAGCUUUCAGAAUUUUUUUCCAUUUUUUGUAGUUGAAAAAUUUUUCACUUGAUACAAGCAAUAUAUUUACUGUUCACUUUAGAAAUUCACUGCAUUCUUCAUUAUCUUGAAAAAUGUCUAGUACCGCUUUAACUGCAAUUUCUGUGGCCAUAGGAGUAUUUUUCAUAUUUUUUGGGACGUUAAAGCUUGGUCCACUAUUUUCUGAUGAGCUUUAUCGUAGUGUGAGAAAAAACUUCAUUAGGAUGUUCAAAACAUUUCCGUUUAGUUCGUUAACUGGUUGGAAUCCAGAUCCUCAUGUAAUUAGACGAGUUUAUGGAACCACUGAAGUUGUCGGUGGCAUUGUACUUGCAGCUUGUUCUGGAAUUGCACAAGAUAUCAGCAAUGUUAUACUGCUAAUUUUUAUGCUAUUCCAUUUAUUUAGUAUUUGGCGUGUAGCAGAUGGACUAAAAGAAGCUUCCAAUAUCAUUGUUUUAUGCUUGAUGCUAACAUGCAGAUUUAUUAUACGGAUUCAACCUUCAAAAACACUAACUAGUGUUCUUUUUUCAACUUUAACUCCUGUGAAAAAUCACUAACGUUCAUAUAAAUAUUUUUCCUGCCCAUUAACUUGUUGUUCAAGCUGAUUCAAAAGAAUGAAGAGGUUACGGAAAGUAAUGAACUGAUUAAGAAUGAUAUAAGAAGACGAAUUGUUCUGCUACAGGAGGAACUACAGAAAAUGAAAACCUAUAAUAAUAAUAAUAGCAAUAAAAACAAUGAAACAGAAAACGGCACACACAAAGUAGAAUGAAGUCUAUGUUUUUUGGUUGAAUAAAUCAUGACUUUCACCUAUUGUAAAGGUUAAUAUCAAUGUAUUUAUCUUGUCUUCUCCUCAAGGUUUUAUUUGUAACUUAACUGUUUUUCUACAUUAACCCACGUUUUUAAUGAGUUGAUUAUGUAAUUUGUUCAACAAAUAUACGAACUUGAGGCCGUAUAAA